UUGUUUAAACCACAUUUGCUUGCACAUGCAGUUAUUUACCACAUAUUGUUGUAUAUGUUGCAUUUAAAAAAUCCUUAAAUUCAUCUAUUGCCUUUCGUUGGAUUUCCUAUCCGGUCGUUCGUAUCCCAUAAUGCAUUGUGUUCUCUCGAAGGAUCAUGGAUCAAGGCGAAAAUGAUCUUCUAGGAGGCGAUGGAUCAGGGAGUUUGAGUGACCUGGAUGUUCGCAGACAAAUUCCCAUUAAGCUGCUGUCGAAGCCGCCCUUAAGAAGCAAACCUCCGCCGCGCACCCAGAGACCCGGCGGCAGGCCCUGUAAAAGUAACUCUGGAGAGGAUGAUAAAUUUAGCUUCAAGCAAGAGGAGAGGUUUGAUUGUGGCACCAAAGCUGGAGAUGUAUUUGGGAGUCAGAGGAGAUAUCCCCAGCCACUAUUUUGGGAUUACAAGUUAAAUUUGAUCGGUGAAAGGGAUGAAGUUCCCAUUCACUUCUGUGACAAAUGUGGUCUCCCCAUUCAGCUGUACGGACGGAUGAUCCCCUGCAAACAUGUCUUCUGCUAUGACUGUGCUUUGCUACAUGAGAAGAAAGGAGAGAAGAUGUGCCCAGGGCUAAAUCUUUAUAACUGCACGGAUCCUGUUCAGCGCAUCGAGCAGUGCCAGCGAGGCUCCCUCUUCAUGUGCAGCGUUGUGCCGGGAUGCAAGCGCACCUACCUGUCCCAGCGUGACCUCCAGGCCCAUGUCAACCACCGGCACAUGAGAGCAGCCAAGUCCUCCGCCUCCCGCCAGGAUCCUCUACACCUGCCCCCAGUGCCCGAUGUCCCCGAGAGGUUCCGUGUGCCUCCACCUCAGAUUCCGAAAAGUCACGUUCACCUCCCCAGCCCGCUCCAGCACAGCAGCCACGACCCGUACAGCCAGCCACCACCACCAAACCCUCAUGAAGGCCCACCUCCACCUUCUGCUCUGGGGCCUGAGACAUUCCGCAUCUCCACGGUAACGACACGAAAACACAGCAAUCUCAUCACUGUGCCUAUCCAUGAUGACUCCUCCUCUCGGGAGCCCCUCUCUGCUGGUCCAGGCCCUGGUCAGCCCCCUCACCACCACCCUGGGGACUAUCCUGGCCAGCCUCCUGUAGUGACUCACUCCCAUCACAUGAUGGCGCCACCACAACAUAACUUUGGACCGCCUCCUCCCCCUCCUCCUCCUAUUAGUCACCCAAUGCAGCAUCCCUCUCAGGCCUCUGGAACCCCACACAUGGUGUACAGCCAGGCCCCUCCUCCCCCAAUGUCAGGAGCCCCGCCACCCAUCACCCCCCCACCAGGGCACAUCAUGGGUCAGAUACCCCCUUAUAUUAACCACCCACCCCCUGGACCUCCACCACAACACAGUGGACCUCCUGUUAAUGCCCCCCCACCACAUCACUAUAACCCCACCUCCAUGCAGCAGUUUCCUGAGGACCAGGGCACCCUUAGUCCCCCUUUCAGCCAGCCAGGAGGGCUUAGCCCCGGGAUGUGGCCUGCUCCGAGAGGACCACCACCUCCACGGAUGCAGGGUCCCCCUCCACAGGGUCAAAUGCCAGGGCCACACCACCCGGAUCAGGGCCGCUAUAGGCCAUACUAUCAGUAAGCUGCCAACUGCUUGUAUGGAUAACAGUCAGUGUCAUUCGAUUUUCAUACAGCUUGUCUAAGUAAUGUAGGACUUUGAUUUUGUUGAACCUGUCCCAAAUGUGCACAUUUGAGUUAAACCUCCUAUUGAACAUAUUAAAGACCUUGACAAAAGCAGGAAUUUCUUCUUUUUUAAUGACCUGUGGUAAAUAUCUGUAUAUAUGUCAACUGAUGUUGCAUACAUUUAAAGAUGUUAAAACAAUUCACAGUAAAUGUUUAAUGGUGGAUGAUUUCUCCUGUUUGUUUGAUUGUAAUUCCAUCGCCUGCUUCUGAACCAGUGCAACAUUUCAGAUAGAAUCUGUCCAUACUUGUUCACUUUGUAAUUAAAUUGAUUAUAAAAUGGA